GAUGAAACAAAAAUAUUCUUUAAAUAGGUCCCUCGGAUGCCGACGCACUUUCUCGAUACAGCUCGACUCGACGCCUGAGACGCUCAAUCUUGAAUAACACAAAUAGAUAUGUUAGUGGUUGUUAAAAUGAUAUACUACAACUGCCUCAUUGAUUCCAAUAUGAUAACUUUAGGUACAUUCAACUUUUGAUCGCCUGACGACAGUUCUCUUGAAUCCAUUAAAUUUUCUGUAAAAUAAGAUCAUACUUUUAAUGUAUCACUUAACUAGACCACUAGAGUUACAUUUCGUAUGUUUGGUGUGAAUCGUUCAACUUGAAAAUUGAAAGUGUAAUUAGUGUGUGCUGACCGAUAUUGAAGAAGAACUUUCCAACUGGAAUCAUAUGAUGAGUGAUCAAAAAUCCUAUGUUCCAUGGAAUAAAUCAGGUCCAAGUAUUUACUCAGGAUCUACACGAAUCAAGGAACCUUCUACUUCAACGGUGAAGAAAUCUACAGAUCUUACGAGAAGUAGGUUAGAUUCUACAAAGAAAUCGGAUUAUGACAGAAAUGCUUCAUCCAAAAAUAUUUCCAGCACAACUUCCUUUGGGGAUUUCAUGCAAGGUUUCAGACAGAAAAGUGAAAAUUCCAGAAUAAAACCAGCUCUGAAUAAAAAGGACACUAGUCAUCCUCCUACCAGUUACGGCCUUCUGCCACGAACAGGUUCACUGUCUCGAGACACCAGUCCUUUAAGGAAGUCGGAAAGUAUUUCUUCGGCAUCUACCAAAUUCAGCUAUAAUAGACUUUAUCCAAGAACACAUCAAAGAUCUCUGAGUCGCGAAAAUCUCGAACCUGUUACUCCUUCCGUAACAGUAACAAAUUAUUCAGGAAAAAAAGGAUCCAAUUGGAAUGAUACAACCAAAUAUAAUUCCAAAUCAGGCAUUUUGAAGGACGAUGUUCCCAAGUAUACUGGAAGAUUAUCAUUCUCUAGAGAUGACAGUCUUUCACCUAGAUAUAAGAUAAGUAGUCGAACUCCUUCACGGGAAGACCUCUCCAAGACUUCUCCAAAGUAUAUAAAGAGUCGAUUUCUACCUAAAAACUCCAUAGAAAAAAGUCAAACGGCAGCAGCGAAGAUUUCUACUACAAAAAUGAACGAACCAAGUAGAAGAAACAAGGAACUUAUGAAUGCUUUACAACAACAAGAAUACGAAAGGCUCAGUAGGUCUACGAGCAGAUGUUCUUCUCGUACUUCUGACGACUAUUUGCUCAAACAUAGUGGUAACGACAGUGUUGAAAAUGACAGCAAAUCUGAGAAAAAGAAGGAAAUAACAAUGAUUUCGAGAGGGACAUCUCCGGCACACGAAUCUACAGGUAAAAACAUUUCGAGACCUACGAAAUCAGUAGUGGCCAACAUCAUUGAAAACAAAAUACCCAGUACUAGAAAAUCUGUUCAUACAAUGAUUGAUAAGGGAAUUCAACCCGAGAGCAGUAAUACUUCUAUUGAAGUUUCCAAAAAUAUAGCGACACCUUGGUCAUCAUUUUUAGAUAUGGAAUUUUCCUGCCCCGAUAGCAAGCUUUCAGAUAAAUCAAAGGUUUUAUCUAGAACAAAUUCUUCUAAUAGUUUAUCGAAUGUUCAAACUUCCCACUCUGAUUCAAAGAAGUUGGUUAAAUCGUUGUCUCCAUCCAAGUCAAAAAGUAUUCCUACUAAACCAUUGAGCGAUAGAAAGCUGCUUCCACCGCAGAUACCGAAAUCUGAGAGUUCAAGCAAAUCCCUUCAUUCUAAGCUCACAUUUCCUACGAAUAAAGAUUUUAGAAAAUCAAUAUUGAAUAUGAAUCCAGACGAGAGUGCUAAGACAAAACAACAAAGUAAAUGCACAGACUCCGCAGGCUCACCAGAUCACGAAAUUGCUGACCCAGACAUUACAGAUAUUUCCGAAAAUUUGACCAGUUGCAGUUCCUACCAUAAUUCUUGUGGAUCAAGAUUACCUCAAAAAAUAUUAAAUGAAAAACUAAGAAGAUCUUCUAGUCGUGAAACAAAUAUUACCAAUACAAGUGGAAGUGACGAAGACAUGAUAAAAAGAAAAGGCAAACGUAAAGUUUAUAGUGGUACAUCGCCAAAAACUUCAUCUGUAUCAUCUGCUGAUGAAAUGUCUUCCAGUAAAUCUAUAGGAGUUCCGCAUGUAUCAUCGAUCAAAAGAGAAGGAAAUCGAACCGAGUCAGAUGCAAAAUCAUUUCUAAUGAGAGCACUGGCUCCUGUUACUAACCUUUUCAAACCCAAAUCUUACAACUCUUCAGAUAACGUCAAUUGGAUGGAAUCUGGAACAGAUACCGAAGCCACAAAUCAUACUGAAGCCAAACACAAUUCAACUUCCAAAGGUGACUCUAACGUGGGUUCUAGUUUACAGUCAGGAAUAUGUCGUUCUGAAAGUUUGAAACAGGAAAUUCAAAAAGUGGAAUUGAAACCGAUUUCUGCAAAACUAAUACUACAUAGAGUUGAACCUGUACAGAACUACUGUUGGACAAGUGAAAACACUAAAGCUUCAGAAGCUGAGUCUAAGGACUCAUCAAAUUUCAUUUCUGCAACAGAAAAGCAAUCACUUGAGCAACCAUUGCUGAAACAUAAUGAAUCUGGAGAAAUAGGUUGGUGGUUAGAUAAAAAAGGAGAUACACCUGAAAUUACAGAAAGUUCUCCAAAUCAAGAACAAUGUGAAAAACAGGAGGUUACUAAAAUACGAAGGAAUAAUUCUGGUAAUUCCUCUUGGUGGUUGAGUAGCAGCGACAAAACCAAUAAUUCUGAUCAUAAUGAAUCCUCAGGCAUCACUGAACAAAAGUAUUUAGAUAAUCACAAACUCAAACACAUAGACUCAGAAGAACGCCCUUGGUGGCUCAGCAGUUCGGAGAAUGUAUCUGAAAUGGUACAAGAAACCAAUGGAAGUAAUGUCUUGACGCAUCAAAAUUCUGACGAAAAACCUUGGUGGCUAGAAGGAGUUUCGGAAGCAAACAUAAAUAAUAGUAAUUUUUUUGCUGAAAAUGAAAAACAGGGAUACGCUACACGUCAUCAAGAUUCUGGAGAAAAACCUUGGUGGCAAGAAGAAGUACCUGAAGAAAAUGUAAAUGAUGAUGAAAUCGUUGAUCCAGAACCAAUAGGUGACAGAGCAAGCCCAGAGGGAUUAGAAAUGUCAGAAAUUAUUGAAGGUUCUCAAAGCGGUGAAGCAACUUCUUAUCACGCAUACAGCCGACCGUCCCAUUCAUUCAUAUCUAGACAUACUAAUAUCGAUGAAGUAUUAGGAUGUUCAACUCAAAUAUGGAGUCCGCUGGUGAAGAAAAUAUCUGAAAAUGAACAUAGCAGAAGUUGUAUGGAGAAGGAUGUGACACAUCCGAAUACACCUUGUCGCAAUUUUCUUCAAACUAGCGGAACGAAAAAUACCGAGCCAAUUUUCAGAUUCAACAUGGGAAGG